UGCGAGCUUGUGGGAGUGGAGCGCCCCGGCCGUUGUUGCCGUCGCCUUCCUCCUCCCCACAGUCCAGACAGCGGGUGACUAGGCCGUCGGCCCUCGAGCCGAGACUUGUCUCUUGUCUAGUUCUCGGGAGCUCCUGGCCGACAUGAGUGAUGUAGAGGAGAACAACUUCGAGGGCAGAGAGUCUCGCUCUCAGUCAAAAUCUCCAACGGGAACUCCUGCUCGCGUAAAAUCAGAGAGCAGGUCAGGAUCUCGUAGUCCAUCACGGGUUUCCAAACAUUCUGAGUCCCAUUCUCGAUCAAGAUCAAAAUCCAGGUCAAGGUCAAGGAGACAUUCCCAUAGACGCUACAGUCGGUCCAGGUCCCACUCUCAUAGGAGACCAUCUCGAAGUAGAUCCUAUACGCCAGAGUAUCGUCGACGAAGAAGCCGGAGUCAUUCUCCAAUGUCUAAUCGCAGAAGACAUACAGGCAGCAGGGCAAAUCCAGAUCCCAACACUUGUCUGGGAGUGUUUGGCCUCAGUUUGUAUACAACAGAAAGAGAUCUUCGUGAAGUAUUUUCUCGAUAUGGACCGUUGAGUGGUGUCAAUGUCGUUUAUGAUCAGCGAACUGGCAGGUCACGUGGAUUUGCUUUUGUGUAUUUUGAGAGGAUAGAUGACUCUGAGGAGGCUAUGGAAAGAGCAAAUGGAAUGGAGCUGGAUGGUAGAAGAAUUCGUGUGGAUUAUUCUAUAACCAAGAGAGCUCACACACCUACACCAGGCAUUUACAUGGGCAGACCAACUCAUAGUGGUAGUGGAGGUGGUGGAGGAGGAGGAGGUGGCGGAGGCGGCGGCGGCGGUAGCCGACGAGAUUCUUACUAUGAUAGAGGAUAUGAUCGAGGCUAUGACAGAUACGAAGAUUACGAUUACCGGUACAGAAGAAGGUCGCCUUCUCCUUAUUACAGUCGAUAUAGGUCACGGUCAAGAUCUCGUUCCUAUAGCCCAAGACGCUAUUGAUAAUGAUGAUGGUGUGGCUGUGGCUAAGGACUUUUUUUCCCUCCUUUUUCUUUUUGAUUCUGGAUUUCCAAGCUUCCAAUGCUUCCUAGUCCUCAAAACAAAACCCUGGUUAUUUAAUCUAUACUGUGGCCAAUUGUGUUGCCGUUUUACAUCCUUUGUUACUCUCUUAAUGGUGUAAUUGUCAUUUAAGUUGUUCAACAUCUAAGUAAAAAAGGAGCCCAGUGUUA